AUGUUCAGUCUUACGUCCCGGUUCCAGGCCGUAGCAAAUACGACUCUUUCGGUGUCAAUUGCCGUCAGUGUGCUUGUUGCGCUUAUUUCGAUUGCUCAACUUUAUUUUGGCGAUGCGUGGAACAUCGCCACCACUAGCAUCGAAAAUGUUUCUGCCUCCGCUACAGUCAAACAUUCGAGAUCGUUUGGUGCCGCCAACGGCAAGGCCAAGGAAAACUCGAAGAUUGUUUUCGACUUGGACGCCGAUUUGACCCCGCUCUUCAACUGGAAUACCAAACAAGUGUUUAUCUACUUGACAGCAGAAUACGACGGGAAAACCCCAGAAUCGUCCAACAAAGUGACCUACUGGGACAAGAUCAUCACAUCGCCGGAAGACGCGGUGCUCCAUUUGCGUAACCAGAAAUCAAAGUAUUCUGUGUGGGACGUGGAGAAAAGCUUCCGUAGCCGGAAUGCCACGUUGAAGUUGGAAUGGAAUAUCCAGCCGUGGGUUGGUCCGUUGUUGUUUGGCGAGACCGAAACAGCAUCUACAUUCCAGUUUGCGCUGUCCAAAAAGCCAAAGAAGAGCUAG